UCUUUUCACUUUCCUUUCUUUCUCUCUCUCUCUCUGCGCGUGUGUGCCGAAUUUCUCUCUGUUAUUUUUUUCCGUUAAUCUCCCAGUGGAAAGAUUCUCCUUUUAUAGAAGAGGCUGAUUUGAUUUUAUAUUUGUACGAGUUUCCGUCUUUUGAUGUUUUGAUUUCUCUCGUGGUUGUUUCUCCGAGAUCUCGUAAAGGUUUCUGGGUAUGGAUUUGCUUUCUAUUUCUGGCCAUUAAUCUUAUUGGGCGAAAGUGGUGGAGAAAAAGUGUUUGCAGAUUCCGGGUCUCUAGAAAUUUCUGAUUUUUCGGGAAAAGAAAGUGUAAAAACCCAGGUUUAGCAAUCGGAUUCCAUCCACUACGGGAGGAAUUCAACGUUUCUUCAUCAGGGUUCUUUCUGUUUUCGUUUAAUUUCUGGUUUCUUUUUUCCUUUUCGGUGCUCUUGAGGAAGGGUGGUGAAGAUGAUGAAGUGGCGGCCAGGGCCGCCGCUGGUGACGAGGAAGUACGAGGUGAGAUUAGUGGUGAGGAGGCUGGAGGGCUGGGAUCUGGUGCGGGAGGCUGCAGCGGAGAAGGAGGAGAGAUUAACGGUCGAGAUUCGCUGGAAAGGUCCCAAAGUGACAUUGGGAUCUCUCAGGAGGACGGUGAAGAGGAACUUCACGAGAGAGGCCGAGGUUUUGUCGGGGCAGAGCGACGUCGUUUCAUGGGAAGAUGAAGAGUUCCAUAGCCUCUGCUCCCUCACUUCUUACAAGGACAGUCUGUUCUAUCCGUGGGAGAUCUCCUUCUCUGUCUUCACCAGUGGAAUGAAACAGGGACAGAAGAACAAGGUUCCUGUUAUUGGUACAUCGAUAUUGAAUAUUGCUGAGUAUGCGCCUUUGGUUGACCAGAGGGAGUUCGAACUAAGCCUUCCUCUCAGCCUCUCUUCCGGUGCUUCCGAGACAUGCCCAUUGCUCUGCGUGUCCUUGAGCUUGCUUGAACUGAGAACCACUCCCGAAAUCUCGGACUCGGUACAAAGUCCGGUCUUGCCUGCUGAAACCGCGGGAAUCGAGAAGGACGAUAUCUCAGCGAUUAAAGCCGGUCUCAGGAAAGUGAAGAUCUUUACGGAGUAUGUGUCGACGAGGAGGGCCAAGAAGAAGGCUUGCCGGGAAGAAGAGGGUGGUGAAGGCAGAUGCUCAACCGGGAAAUGCGAUCUCGAGAACAAUUACAAUUACCCGUUUGAUUCGGAUUCGCUCGAUGAAUUCGAGGAGGGUGAAUUCGACGAGGGCAAGGAGGAUGUGAGUGUUAGGAAGUCUUUCAGCUACGGGACUUUGGCUUAUGCAAACUGCGGUACAAAGUUUAGCGGUGAAGAUGAGGAUUGGAUAUAUUAUAGUCACAGGAAAUCUGAUGUAGGUUGCUCGGAUAUUGACGAUUCCAGUGCUUUGUUAUAUGAGAUAUGGUUUCCAAGACGCAGCAUAUUGCCUUGGAGGAAGCGGAAAUCGAGUUUUCGAUCCUUGAAACCUAAAGGCGAGCCCUUGUUGAAGAAGGAUUAUGGAGAAGAAGGCGGAGAUGACAUUGAUCAUGAUCGACGGCAACUUAGCUCCGAUGAAGCUCAUCCUCUUGCGAUGAGCAAAAUGGGUGAAGACUCAUCUGCUAACCGGUCAUCGUUUUCUGAAUUCGGAGACGACAACUUUGCCAUUGGAAGCUGGGAAUCGAAAGAAGUGAUAAACCGAGACGGGAAUAUGAAGCUUAAAGCUCAGGUCUUUCUUGCGUCGAUCGAUCAGAGAAGCGAGCGGGCAGCCGGGGAAAGCGCUUGCACUGCGCUCGUAGCUGUAAUCGCCAACUGGUUUCAGACCAACCCGGAUCUAAUGCCCAUCAAGUCGCAGUUCGACAGUUUGAUCAGAGAAGGCUCAUCGGAGUGGAGAACCCUCUGCGAGAAUGGAAUGUACAUGGAAAAAUUCCCCGACAAACAUUUCGAUCUCGAGACCGUUCUCCUCCAAGCAAAGAUUCGCCCUUUAACGGUCGUACCCGGGAAAUCGUUCAUCGGGUUCUUCCACCCGCACGGGAUAAACGAGGGAAGAUUCGAGUUCUUGGAAGGCGCCAUGUCCUUCGAUAACAUCUGGGAUGAGAUUUCUGGUGCUUCGGAAGAGGAAAGCUCGGAACCUCGGGUUUACAUCGUGAGCUGGAACGACCAUUUCUUCGUUCUCAAGGUGGAACCCGAGGCUUACUACAUCAUCGAUACACUCGGAGAAAGACUCUACGAGGGCUGUAACCAAGCGUACAUUUUGAAGUUUGACGAUAACACCGUGAUCCAGAAACUCCCUAAUGACGAGAAACCGUUAGAGAAAGGAACGGAACCUGAUAAAAUGUCGGAGAAAGGGACGGAACCCGAGAAACAAUCGGCUAAUGAUGGGGAAGAUUCCAAGGAGACGGAGGAGAUUGUAUGCCGAGGGAAAGAGUCGUGCAAGGAGUAUAUAAAGAACUUCUUGGCCUCGAUUCCGAUAAGGGAACUUCAGGAGGAUAUCAAGAAAGGGAUAAUCUCGACGACGCCUCUUCAUCAUCGGCUACAGAUAGAGUUUCAUUAUACUACUCUGGUUAUCGAGCAACGACUCGAGGCUUCUUCUCGGGUCAUCGAGCAACGACAUGAAGUUACUUCUACUGCGGUGUCUGAUGAAGUUACGAUGUAAAAUUGUAACCUAACCGUGAAGUAGUCAGUGUCUUUAACUUUGUUCAGUUUCAUAGUCUUUUUGUAGCUUUACUUGAGAUGGUGUGAAUGAAGAAAUUUGAUCGGGAAGUUAACGUCUGUGAGCAACUUUUGUCA